AUGCUUUCAUUCAUCUCCUCAAAUACCUCUAUCAUAUUCUUCUCUUCCCAAAUCCCAACUCAUCAAUUCUUUACGCUAAUCAUCCCUUCUUCACCUUCCAUGGAUCAACGUGAUCAAGAAGGCAAACAACCAUCCCAGAAAACCCCAUCACAGAAUCACCUUGACCCAGUUGAUAGUUCUGACAUUUUUGCUCCACAAAAUGGCUUUCAAGAGCAAAGUGACACAUUCACAACGUUUGCAUCGUUUGAAAGUGGAACUGAGAGCGAGUCCUCUUUUGAUGACCACGACGACAGUUCUGACUUUUUCCUGAGCCAAGAGUUUGAAUCCGAACUUCAGUUUCCUGAGAGUGAAGGAAGCAAUGAUGAUGAUGACAGUGAUAGUGAUGAGGAAAUGGAAGAGGAUGAGAUCGAUGUGGAUGAGUUGACCUACGAGGAGUUGAUUGAGUUGGGAGAUUUCAUAGGACAAGAGAAGAGAGGGUUAUCAGCAAAUGAAAUUUGUUCAUGCUUGCAUUCUCACACCUUCCAUUCUGCUGAAAGCAAAAGUGGAAUCGAUCUUUGUGUGAUUUGCCAGGUUGAAUAUGAAGAGGGUGAAGCAUUGGUGGCAAUUCAGUGUGAGCACCCUUAUCAUUCAGAUUGCAUAAGCAAGUGGCUUCAAAUUAAGAAGGUUUGUCCUAUAUGUAACACUGAAAUUUCUGCUCCAAAGAUGGUUAAUUAA